UCUGUGCAUCUUACAUGUGAUGGGUACCUUCUGAUUUCCUAGUUCAGUUCUCGUUGAAGCGUGUCGAGUGCUUGUCACCAAUCUGAAGAAAGGAAAAUGUUUUUGCUGAGGAGCAUUCUCCUAGGAUUUAUCGGGCGAUCCUUUGCAAUCAUUUAUGACUGCAAUAAUUUCUUGAAUGGAGUCUACAACAUCCGAUAUUGCGCCUUAAGCAAUGUCACUGUUACUCAUGAUGCAGAAGAGGUGGUGUUUCGAUCGGAAUAUCCAAGGCCGUACUAUUUCGAAUUCUCCGAUUCGAAACUAACGGAAAUUCCGCGAAUAAUGUUCACUUCGUUUCCUGAAAUGCAGAACCUAGACGUCACCCGGAGUCAGGUGGAAAACAUCAACAAAUACACCUUCGAGCAAGCCAAGGAGCUGCGAUAUUUAAACAUAUCUGGAAAUCGUUUGAGUGUGUUGAACAAUUUUGUGUUCAAGGGCUGUGAUAAACUAGUGCGGUUGGAUGUGUCGAACAAUCGACUCUCUGAAGUGAAGGAAAAGGCUUUACAUGAUCUGCCGAAAAUUGAUCAUUUGGAUUUGUCUGGAAACUUGUUGGAGCAGUUGGAUGAGGGGUUGUUUUCAAAACUUACGCUUUUGUCAUAUCUUUCUCUGGCUAAUAACAGAAUCUCUGAGAUUCACGAUCGUAUGCUUGAAAACUGUACACUAAUUGCCUUUUUGGACCUACGAGGAAAUCGCAUCCACAGGUUAAGUGACACCUUUCUUAGCAGCCUGACCUAUCUCCGCGUUUUAGUGUUGGAUGAUAACAGGCUCACUUCAUUGGUAAUACCUCAACAAUUAACAAAACUGUUAGCAUCCAAGAACAACAUUUCCUCUAUUUAUGCUGAAGAUUCAACCAAAUCUCAGCUUUAUUUAAUGACUCUUUCGAGAAACAACUUGAACGAUAUUCGUAACAUCACCGUCUUAGAGACGCUUUCAAUUCUGGAUCUCUCAUUCAAUCCUAUUGGACCUCUCCAUCUGACAUCUUUCCUCAAACUCAAGAAACUGAACGAUCUGAAUCUGGAAGCAACUCAACUGAAAACUAUCGAGCACGGAAUCUUCACCCAACAAUCGAAGCUUCGGCGUUUGGACUUAUCCUACAACAUGCUUCAGAAGCUAGACAUCUCAGUACUUACUUCCACCCCCAAUCUGGAAACUUUAUUCAUCGAUGGGAACGGUCUUCUGGAUUUCAACUACGAGCACAUUCCGGAGUUAUUCCCAAACCUCACUUAUCUGGGACUUUUCGCCAACUCAUGGAAUUGUUCGUACCUAACGAGUUUGGUACGAUUCUGCAACAGGAAUAAAAUAACAAUUGGCACUUCGAAAAACUACGGAGAAAUUACUCACUUGACAAACGUCCAAGGAAUAUACUGUGCCAGUUCAAACAAGGAUCGAAUCCAGUUUCAACCAAGUUUGGCGAUCAGCCAUCUUGAUGAGAAUUUCUCCCAAGAAGAGGACACCCAGCUGAAGCUGAUAGUCGCAAACGUGACUUCGACAGAGUUUGAGUACAAAUUGAUGGUGGAGCUGUUGGACAUGAUAAGAAAUGUGAAUGCUAGCAAUGCUGAUCGGUUGGACGAAGUGCAAAAAAUGGUAUUGCGUGGAGGAAGGGGUUGUGAUGCAAGCCACGCUGUGGGCUUUCAAGUGUUUAUAAUGCUGAUUUUGAGCAUGAUUUUGGUGCUGAACGUUGGUUUUCUGCUCUACGUACAAUAUAACGCAAAUGCAAGAAGGGCGGUUGAUAGGAUGAUUAUUUUUAAACGAGGGGAAACCGCUUCCAUACAAACACAAAUGGAAGAUUUCUGAAUGAUGGGUUACUGUUGUGAAGAUUGUAAAUACAUAUUUGUAGGCAUGAAUAUUA